UUUUAGAUUAAUGUAAAAUACGUGAGGAAGUUUACUGGAGUAAAAUGGAGGCCUCGGUAAUAUUACCCAUUCUGAAGAAAAAACUAGCCUUCCUUUCAGGAGGAAAGGACAGACGAAGUGGCCUCAUUCUGACAAUUCCAUUAUGCUUGGAACAGACAAAUAUGGAUGAGCUGAGUGUCACCUUAGACUAUCUACUCAGCAUUCCAAGUGAAAAGUGUAAGGCUAGAGGAUUUACCGUGAUUGUGGAUGGCAGAAAAUCACAGUGGAAUGUGGUGAAAACAGUAGUCUUAAUGCUACAGAAUGUUGUUCCAGCUGAGGUGUCCCUUGUUUGUGUGGUAAAGCCAGAUGAAUUCUGGGAUAAGAAAGUAACACAUUUUUGCUUUUGGAAAGAAAAGGAUAGACUUGGCUUUGAGGUUAUUUUAGUGUCUGCCAAUAAAUUGACUCGUUAUAUAGAACCAUGUCAGUUAACAGAAGAUUUUGGUGGAAGUCUCUCUUAUGAUCACAUGGACUGGUUAAAUAAGAGGCUGGUUUUUGAGAAGUUUACAAAGGAAUCUACAUCAUUAUUAGAUGAACUUGCUUUGAUUAACAAUGGAAGUGAUAAAGGAAAUCAAGAGAAAGAAAGGUCUGUGGAUUUAAACUUCCUUCCAUCAGUUGAUCCUGAAACAGUUCUUCAGACAGGGCAUGAAUUGUUAUCCGAAUUACAGCAGCGUCGAUUUAAUGGCUCAGAUGGAGGAGUGUCAUGGUCUCCUAUGGAUGAUGAACUGCUUGCACAGCCACAGGUUAUGAAAUUAUUAGAUUCACUGAGAGAGCAAUAUACUCGUUACCAGGAAGUUUGUAGACAACGUAGUAAGCGUACACAACUAGAAGAGAUUCAACAGAAGGUGAUGCAGGUUGUGAACUGGCUUGAAGGACCUGGAUCAGAACAACUUAGAGCCCAGUGGGGGAUUGGAGAUUCCAUUCGGGCUUCGCAGCUACACAGAGCACGAGAGAUCGAGAGCCAGCACAGUGAAUGGUUCGCAGUGUAUGUGGAGCUUAAUCAGCAAAUUGCAGCACUCUUAAAUGCUGGGGAUGAGGAAGAUCUUGUGGAGCUGAAGUCCCUGCAGCAACAACUUAGUGAUGUUUGCUAUCGACAGGCCAGUCAGCUGGAAUUUAGGCAAAAUCUCUUACAAGCAGCCCUUGAAUUUCAUGGGGUUGCCCAAGAUUUGUCUCAGCAGUUGGAUGGCUUAUUAGGGAUGUUGUGCGUAGAUGUAGCACCAGCUGAUGGAGCAUCGAUUCAGCAAACUUUAAAACUGCUUGAAGAGAAGCUGAAAAGUGUUGAUGUAGGAUUGCAAGGUUUGCGUGAAAAAGGUCAAGGUCUUCUGGAUCAGAUCUCCAAUCAGGCAUCCUGGGCAUAUGGAAAGGAUGUAACCAUUGAAAAUAAAGAAAAUGUGGACCACAUACAAGGAGUGAUGGAAGAUAUGCAGCUUAGGAAACAAAGAUGUGAAGACAUGGUAGAUGUGCGAAGGUUAAAGAUGCUUCAAAUGGUGCAGUUGUUUAAAUGUGAAGAAGAUGCUGCCCAGGCAGUAGAAUGGCUAAGUGAACUUCUGGAUGCUCUGCUUAAGACCCACAUCAGAUUGGGCGAUGAUGCCCAGGAAACGAAAGUUUUACUGGAAAAGCAUAGAAAAUUUGUUGAUGUCGCACAGAGCACUUAUGACUAUGGAAGACAGUUGCUACAGGCCACCGUUGUGUUGUGCCAAUCUUUGCGCUGCACUUCUCGGUCAUCUGGGGAUACACUUCCUCGACUGAACAGAGUAUGGAAGCAAUUUACGAUAGCAUCUGAAGAGAGAGUACAUAGGCUGGAAAUGGCUAUUGCAUUCCACUCAAAUACCGAAAAGAUUUUGCAAGACUGUCCAGAAGAGCCUGAAGCUAUUAAUGAUGAGGAGCAAUUUGAUGAAAUUGAAGCAGUUGGGAAAUCACUUUUGGAUAGAUUAACUGUUCCUGUAGUUUAUCCUGAUGGAACUGAACAGUAUUUUGGGAGUCCAAGUGACAUGGCUUCUACUGCAGAACACAUCAGAGACAGGAUGAAACUAGUUAGUCUCAAAAGACAGCAGCUGAGACAUCCUGAAAUGAUGACCACAGAGAGCUAAUGGCAACCAGCUUCCCACAGAUCUGCGUUCACAAUAAUCCUGCAUGUCAUCGGCAUACUGCAGCAUUAGCCACAAUACAUUAAGAUACAUUUCACAGCCAAGAUAAGCCUCAUUUCUUUCCAUUAUACAUUUCUCUCUACAUGUUAACACCUUGCAACUACCAAGGCAUAAUUAUUUAACAUGCUUUGAGACCAUAGACUCCAAGUAUCUUAAAAGAAGGAACUAUAAACAUUGCACUGAAAACCUGCUUUAAAGCUUUACCUGAUCUGUCAGUUUGUAGAUGAACAACUGAUAAUAAGCUUUGAGUGGUGCUAAUAAGAGUUUAGGAAUUCUCUAUAUAAAAAUAAUUGCCCUUCCUCCCCAGGUGAUGUAAUAAAUUUAGACUAUAGUAAAAUGGUUAUUAGUAAACAGUGGUGUCCUCAAAAUUUUACUUUUUAAUUUUUCUUCAAAAUUGAUUAUUUUUAUUGUGUCAGUAUGAAGAAAACAUUCAGAUAUUUGAUAUAUCAGUCUUUGAAAGACAUUUUCCUAUUUGUAAUGAUAAUGUAUUAAAAGUUGUUUGUGCUUAAUAAAAGGCUUCUUUUAAACAUCGUAUUUAAUUUGGUGGUUAUAUCCUAUUUCCAAACAUGAGUGCCUUAUUAAAAAGGGCAUUCUUAGGAUUGUGAGGAUGGUUUAAUACUUGUUUUUUCAAGUUGGUUGCAUGUGUUUUAGCCUGAAGAUUCAUAUAUAAGCAUGUGUAUAUAAUAAAUAAGCAUGUUUUAUCAUGAAAAAUUAAUUGUUAAGAACAGUUUAGGUCUUUAAGAACUUACAAGUAAUGGGAAUACUGUUUCUAAUUUUUCUCUAUUUCAACUUGAAAAAAUGUUAUUCAAAUUAUUAACUACCCUGCAGAUACUUUGUUUUGGAGGAGGAGGCUGGGGAAGAAGGCAUACACAAUUACUUAAGUGUAAUCCUUUAUAUCAGAGUUAUCUUUCUGGAACUAAAGUAGCAGUUGUUAAGUUUAAAUUCUUAUGCUAGGCUAGAAGCAAAAUUCUGAAGUCUAAUGAAGAACUGUGCAGCUCUUUUAGAUAUAAGAUUUAUAAAAUGCUAGUGCUUUUAAGUUUAUAUGGUAAAUGCAUAUAAUUUAAUUUUUGUUGAAGAAAAUGUUUUUUGAAAAAGAUUAAAAAUAAUUUUUUAGUGCAUAACAUAAAAUUAUGCAAACAAUUGUAUGCUGUUUCCUUUUUGUCUUCAGAAUGCUCAUGUAUCCUCCAGUGUAAAAAGUUCUCUCUGAGCCUGCUGGUUUCUCUAGCCUUUUUCACACUGCCAGACUUCUUGGAGAGAUCCUUAUCCAUUACCCCACAUCCUCACUGCUCAGUGCUCGGCACCUUGCAGUCUGCUUUACACAGCACUGCACUGAAACUGUUCUCAAUGGGCCCCCAAUUAGUGAAUUAAAUGAUUUUUUUUCAGCCUGCAUUUUUAUCUUCCUCUGUCUGCAACAUUUACACCAUUGAGCAUCCUUUCCUGGACAGUGCCCCCACAUACACCUUGAAGAUAGUAUCCUCUGCCAUAACUGUGAAUGCAGUCACAUCACUCUUACCAGUAUUUGAAAUAUAUGUACAAAUGUGCUCUCUCAGGUUCUGUCUUCAGAAUGCUUCAUAAUCUCAUCCCUAGGGUUUCUAUUUUAUCUCAAUGUCCUGUUAUACAUCUGGCCCAAAAUUCUAGAUCUUUGAACUACCUACUUGACAUUUUGCCCUAGAUGAAGUUAGUUAUAAUAUUUUUUACCUUUCUCUUGGAGCAAUUUUGGUUAAAGGUGCCACCUUUUUUUCUAGUCAAACAUGCCAGAAGAUCUGGGGGCAACAUUCGAAUGCCCCCUCUUGUCUUGUGCUGUCACUGCUUCUGAGAACACCCAGGAAGUUCUUUCUAUAUUUGAUGAUCCUCUCAGUCUUUUAGGGCUUGACUUCUAUGAGCAUAAACUUUUGUGAUUCUUCACUGUAGUCUUCAUGAUGGUGCUAACCACAUGCUACAAUUGUUACAUCUACUUGCGACAUUAUAAGCUCUUUUGAGAGAAGGAAUCUUGCUCAUGUAUAAUAGUUGCUCAGUUUCCCUGAAUGUAAAUAUUUUUUAUAGGCAUUAGUAAUAAUCCCUCAUGUUGUAGUUUGAGGUUUGUCUCAAACAUAUUUUCUAACAUUAGGACUGAGUUGUGAGUGGAUCUAUUCAAUAAGGAAGUCAUUUGGUAUUUUAGAUAUGUUGAUAUUAGCUAAUUUAGAUAUUUGGUUACACCUAAUAUCUAUUUCUUCUGAAUUUUGGAGUAGUUUGAAUGUUUUUAUUAAGACUGCUAGAAAAGGACUGGAUUGUAAGUAAUGAGACACUCACUUCUACCAUCAACUCACCUGCUUAUCAAAUGAGUUAAUUUUUAUAUGCCUUAAGCUAUCCUGAUUACAACAAAAGUAAAGUAAGGCAGUAUCUAGAAAUGUUAUUUGUAAUUUGAGUAUUUUAGAUGAAGCUGAAUGCGCUUGUAACAUAAUAAAUAUUGUUGCUCUUCAUUUGUAAAUUUGCUGCUUUCUAUAUGUCAAUCUGUAUAUACACAUACCGUUAUGAAUGAAAACCCAACAAUGCCCUAAUGUGAUUUUUUUCAUAGUUCAUUUAGGGUACAUGUGAAGGAAGUAACUGCAGUCUUUGAAAUCGCAAGCUUUUUGUAUGUAAUAAAUUAGCAUUGGCUGGCAAAUGGA